GGUUGACAGACAUCAUGUGAUGCCCUUGGCCCCAUACGCGGCCGCCAAUUCGGUGAUCAUCCAUCACGAUGGAGAUAUAAAUAAAGCGGCGUCUCCUCCCGUGAAGAUAUAUAAAUAUAGACUGACUAGCCUCUGCCUCGCCGUCACCAUUCUUCGCUUUAUAUCCACUCGGAUCUAAACCAAAAUGGCAACACGAUCCCCAACCCGCUUAUUCCUCACCCUCACAACCCCUCCCCUGGUAAUAGCGGGUUACAGCACGCAUCACUGGCUCAAUAACCUGGAGGCACGAUACCCACCCAUCGCCCCAGAUAGAUCAAGCACAGAACUCCUCCGCACACCCGCCAACCCGGUAAUUCAACAUGUCCCACACAUCGACAUCUACUCCGCCCGUAUCCCGCUCCGCGCCUUGCAAGCGCGCAUCAAGCACCCAGCGGACGAAACCAAACCAACAAAACAAGAUCUCAACACCGCAUGGGCACAGUCCCUUUUAAAUUGUAACCUUCUUCGCCUGGAAGCGAAAUUCAUCGGUCUGUUCCGCACGGGAAAAUUCAACCCUGGAGAUACGGGGACCAGUCCGGCGGGAUUCAGCCCCGAACCGGAAACGGGGGCUCCGCGUGAGCUUCUAAAUGGGAUUAUGACUGUCGUUCGGGAGCCGGUGGGUGAGGAACCUUUGUUAGUGACAUGGGGGAUGCCAGAUGAGCCGCGGGUAUUCUUUGAAAAGAUUGCUCGGUGGGGAUAUCCGUGGCGGUUGAUGACGGGGGGACGGCAUGAAAUGAGCGUUGAGGGGCCGUUUGAGGGGGAGGGUGACGAGGAGAGUCAAGGGCCAUUUGUUGAGGUUAGAUUUGCGUCGGCGCAUGCGUAUGAGGUUGUGGAGGAGGAAGGGGAGUUGUGGGAACAGAAGACUAUUCCGAAGUGGACUGGACGGUUGCAUCGGGUAUAUGCGAGGCUUUUGUUGGAUACUGCUGUGAGGGAGUUGGAAGGUGGGAGGUGAGUGGCUUUCGGUGUUUGAUGUCUGGACUUUGUUCUGUAUGUGAGUCUAUAUGGUUUGGUGUCAUUGCAUUUGAGCGUUGGAAGCGAGAUUUUGAUAGAGUAAUACUUAGCUACGCCGUUUAGCGGCGAAGAUGUUUGGAAUUGUGGUUAUACUGGAAUAC